AUGGAGGCUGCUUUCAUCUCCUUGCUGAUCAAGAAGCUCGCCCAAGUCGCAUUCGACCAAGCGCAGAGCAGAUGCUCUCAGCUACUGCUGCAGCACACAACUCCACCUUUAGAUCAGAUUCACGCGAGAGUGAGACGAAUCACCGACGAGUUCAUAGUGAUGAAGGCCUUCCUCGAAGGUUCUAAUUGGUCCACUAUUGCUGCUACUAACAAACCACUCGAGGCUUGGAUCGAACAGGUGAGGAAGGUCGCCUUCGAGAUAGAAGACAUCAUCGAUGAAUACCUUUAUCUGGUUGGAAGACAACGGGAAAGGACAUGGAAGAAUUGUCUCAUGGCACCAUCAGACCUUUGUUUCAAUCUUGCUAAGGCUUGGCGUGGUAUUGAUUCUCGGUUAGAAAAGAUGGAGAAAGAUCUUUCUGAACUUUCAAGCAGGAGAGAUCGAUUUGGUAUAACAAUAAGUGGCAAUGAGGAGGGAGUGAAGAACUCAGAAAGAGACACACAUCAUUAUCGAGCUUAUUCACCCAUGUUAAAUGAUGAAGAUGAUUUAGUGGGGAUAGAAGUUAACAAAUCUAAGUUGCUUUCGUGGUUGACUAAUGCUGAUACUUGCAGGAAGAUGACAGCAAUUGCGGUGUGGGGAAUGGGUGGCCAUGGGAAAACUACACUCGUUGCAAAUGUCUAUCGCAAUAAUACCGUGAAGAGUCACUUUGAUUGUCAGGUAUGGGUUACAGUCUCACAAACUUAUAGUGUACUGGAGGAACUCCUAAGAAUAAUGAUCAAGGAAAUCUUCAAGGGAAAAGAGGAUCUUGUCCCAAAUGGUAUCACUACCAUGCAACGAUUAGAGUUAUUUGACAUCAUCAAAGAAAGUUUGCAACGAAAGAGAUAUAUAAUUGUGUUAGAUGAUGUUUGGCAUGUAGACUUGUGUAAUGAUAUUAGUCGUGCUUUUAUUGAUAGCAACAAUGGAAGUAGACUAAUUAUUACCACUAGAAUGCAUGAAGUAGCAAGGAUAGCAAAUGAUGAACAUAUCAUGAAGCUGCAACAACUUAAUGAAAAAGAUGCAUGGAUUUUGUUUUGCAAGAAGGCAUUUCGAAGAGAGAACAAUAAAGAUUGUCCACAAGAGCUUGAGGAUUACACCGGUAGGAUUUUGAACAAAUGUCAAGGCUCACCAUUAGCUAUUGUAGCAAUUGGCAGUUUAUUAUCAUUCAAGGAAAAGAGUCAAACUGAAUGGAAGAAAGUCUAUGAUAACCUUCAAUGGGAGUUUGAAAACAACCCUGCUCUAGAUAAAGUGAAGAGUAUUCUCAACCUGAGCUUCAAUGAUUUGCCUUAG